AUGGGCCUGGCGCGGGCCCUGCGGCUCGCCUCGCUGUCGGCCCUCGCGGCGGUGGCGCAGGAGCGCGCGUGCGGCGCUCCAGAGGAUGAUGCCACAGCUGUCGGCGCACAGCUGCUGCAGAGGGCUGCCGAGGUCUCCAGGCCCGGCCCGGAUGGCACGGCGGAGCCGGGGCUGCUGCAGGGCGGGGCCUCGGUGGAGGCGCUGCGGGCCGUGGACGACCUGUGGAGCGGGCUGGACUCGGUGCCGCAGGCCGCGUACCAGGACCUCCUGCAGAGCGCCGCGAACGUCUCCGCCACUGACGACGACGCGGCCGGCAGCGGCGGCGGGGCGCGGCCCACCUCGCUGCAGAUCGCCGGCAUGUUCGACAGCGGCACCAACCUGCUCUGGGCACUGAUUCGGGCCAACCUCGGCGAGCGCGCCAUGGGUAGGGUCUGCCCCGACGAAAAGAGCGGCCAGUGCUUCUUCUGGAAGCACAGCCCACCGCGGCAGCUGCAGCGGGAGCUCGACGCCCUGGAGAGGAAGGGCCAGAGAGUCGUCCUGGUGGCCAUGGUGCGGAGCCCGCUGUCCCAGGUGGUGAGCUGGACGAAGGCGCCGUACGACCUCGGCAGCUGCAUUCAGAGGGCCACGGCGACGGCGGGGAGCGACAGCAGGACGCGCUGCUACGUCCGCGGGGAGCCCUUCACCGGAGUGACGGGGGUGUGGAACAGCUACGUUCAGGAGUACGACCGGCGGCAGGGCGCCAACGGAGACGCGUACCACAGGACGGACGCUCGUGGUCGAGUACGAGCGCCUGGUGCUGGAGCCCGAGGCCGUGGUGCGGGAGAUCGCCGCCGCGCUGGGCCUCCCCGCCCGCUCCGCCUUCCGGACGAUCGAGGCCCCGGCCAAGAACCACGGCAGGCCGCACGGCAGGGAGAAGGCGCUGCAGGACCUGCAGGAGGCGGCGUGGCUGCGCAGGCAGCCCGCCUCCCGGAGGGAGGUCCGGUCUUCGCUGUGCAGCCGCCUGAACAGCUCGGCCAUGAAGGCGCACGCCUACCCGACGGUGCCGCGGCCGGGCUCGUACCUGGACGACUGCGCGUGACCGCGGCGGCGCGCGGGGCGGCCCGGCGGCCGGCUCGUGCCGCACCGGGGCGGCGGUGA